AUGGCACGUACAAUCGUCUUUCAGAACGGCAGAGUUUUCAGCCCAAGCCAAGCAUCAAAUGAGACUGAGUUCCUGGAAGGCUUCAUUGUUUCUGGAGAAAUCAUAACGCAUGUCGGAUAUGAGAGUGACGAUGUCAUGCAGACAGCAAAGCGAGAAGGUGCGGAGGUAAUCGACCUGCAGAAUCGUGUGGUUGUGCCUGGGUUCAUCGAUGGCCACACGCAUUUUCUUCUUUUCGGACUAGCUCUCCAGAAACUUGACUUAAGUGAUUGCAAAAGCUUUGAGGCUAUUGAAAGCGCCAUCACCAACUACGCCAAAGCAAACUCGGAGUUGCCACGAGUUCUUUGCCGGGGCUGGCAUCAGCCUUCGACCAACGGGAAAGCCCUUGCAGAUAUGAUCAAUCAUAUUGAUUCUCGUCCAAUCUUCAUCGAAGCUCUUGAUCUCCAUUCUACUUGGUGCAAUACCGCCGCAUUGAAUGAAUUGGGGGUUGGUUCGAUGACCGAUCCAGCGGGGGGCACAAUUUAUCGGGAUGAAAGUGGAAACCCUUCAGGUCUCUUGGAUGAGGCUGCGCAGACCGGAAUUGUUUGGCCGCAUCUGAUGAGUGUCUGCACAUUGGAAGAACGAGUAAUGGCUUUAGAGAAUGCUUUGACAACCUACCUUGAAUCGGGCUAUACGGGACUAAUCGACAUGGCCAUGGAUACUGAUUCUUGGGAGGCCUUGAGGUUGCUGCGACUAAAAAAAGAUGUUCCAAUCCAUGUGGCAGCCCACUGGUAUAUUCCAUUCACCGAGGAUCCAUCAGAGCUAUCCGAGCACAUAGAAGAAGCCAUUGCAAAACAUCGGGAAUUCCAUCCGUCGGUCACACCAGAGUUCUGUGUGAUUGGGAUUAAGAUGAUUUCCGAUGGUGUCGUGGAUGGCUGUACAGCAGCUUUGAGUCAUCCAUACAGCCAAAAUGAGGGCAAUGUUGCUGUCAAUCCGAUUUGGCCGGCGGAGGCUAUGAACAAAGUGGUGAAAAGAGCUGUCGAUGCGGGUCUGCAAGUUGCAAUCCAUGCAGUUGGUGAUGUUGCCAUCACACAAGCUAUCGAUAGCAUUGCCGCCGCCAAUAGCCCGUAUGGUCGACAUAGGAUUGAGCAUCUCGAGCUAGCAUCGGUGGAGGAUGCAAAGCGACUGGGCCAGCUAGGAAUCACCGCGUCCAUCCAGCCCGUUCACUCCGAUCCGGCUCUCACUAAAGCAUAUCCCAAGAUUUUGAAGCCUCAUCUAUGGGAGCGAGCAUUUCCAUAUCGAGAGUACAUUGAUGGAAACGCCUGCGUUGCCAUUGGGACCGACUCACCGACAGCAAGACAUCUACCCUUUCCCAACUUGUACAAUGCUACGGUCCGAAAAUCGGCGAUCGAGCCAGAGUCCGACCAGAUCAUCAACCCUCGCAAUGGGCUUACCCUGCUCCAGGCACUUACUGCAGCGACCUCAGGAGCAGCUUACUCACGUUUUGCUGAGGGGUGGGUAGGAAGUAUUGCGCCGAACCAUAGGGCGGACUUUGUUGUGUUAGAUACCGAAUGGACCCCGGAGACGUUGCUCAAAGCGACCAUUCAUCAGAGCUGGGCUAAUGGAAAGAAAGUCUUUGAGACUUGA